GUGGGUUGUGAAGGUCGAAAAUGCUUUCGGUUCUGGUGUUUGUGGACGGGAUUUGUUUGUAUUAUCGGUUUGAGUCGUCAAGGCUCGUACAGUGAUUGUCGCUUCGUACUGUUAACAGUUCAAAGAAGUUAUAUGUUGAGGUUGCUCUAUUACAUUUACCCCUUGGGUUGCGGAAUCUCGGAUCAUAAAUAAUGGACGUCCGACUGUAGUGACUUCAUCCUGUUAUUUAUGGAUAUUGACAACGAUAUCAACCAAGUUUUGCCAGCUGGAAAACUAGCUAGAGAACCAGAUCGUCCAACUCAUAUAUGUACUUCCAUUCUGCAAAACCCUUCUUCCAAUUCAUCCAAAACAGUACCAUUUUUCCCACGUGUAUUGCUUAGCGUUCAGCAACCUCUGUCUAGUCUGAUAAAUCAAACAAUAAUACAACCUACUGCUCUCACCACUGCAUCUGGUGCCAAUACGCCUCUACCACAUGCUUCUAGUUUACAUAUGUCGGCUACAUCAGUUUCAUCUCCCAUUAAUUCUACCAAUCAGUUCUUCCCUUUGAUAUUGGCUGCCGCAUCUACAUUGCCUCCGUCAACAUCAAGUGCACCGACACCACUACAACUUCACUUGGGGAACUAUUCAGGAAGCUCUAGUGUUACAUCAGCAUCAAGUCAAAGUAUCUUUUUACACCCAAGUGUCACAACUACUGCAUCUUGUUUGUCCGUACCGAAUGUUUUAAACAGUCCAUCACGGCUAGGUACAUCUGGUGUUACGACAGCUUCCACCCCACUAGUUGCUUCGUUAAUCAAUAAAAACUGUUCCACAUCGCCGUCAGUAGCUCCUGUUGUCAUAUCUCCACAGGCUCCAAACCACAUACAACCAACACUUGCUUUAAGAUUCGCAACCCAUACGUCAACCCAAUGUAGCGCUAUGGUUACAACUGCAACAGUGAAUUCAAGUGCCUGCCCACUAGUGUUUGAAACUCCUACAACAAAUGUUACGUUGCCACUCCAGUCUCAAAGAUCACAUUGUGUAACUGCCAUAAAUUUCCCUGCGCCGACUUCUUCUGUAUCUGGAAGUUUGCUCAUGAGUUCUACUCUCUGCUCAACUCCACGCGUACUUAUUCACAAACCUCAAAGCCUUUCAAACCCACCAUCUUUGAUAGAGAAUCCAACAACUUCAAUUACUACUGUAUCCCCCAGUAAGAUGAGUACAUCUGAUUCCAGUUUCACCAAUUUAUCGAAUCCCGCUAUCAUUUUCCAUGAUCAAGUAAAUACACAGUCUCCACAAACAUCAAAAACUAAAUUGGUUAAUUUUACCACACCGCUAUCUGCUACUGUUCGUUUGAUUACACCUCCAUCUACGGUUUGCACGACUACUAAAUCCACAUGCACUGUAUCCACUUCUGGAAAUAGUGCUUUAGCUUUCCCGACAUCCUUAUCUCAGACUGUAGCACUUUCAACUCGGCCAUCUAUAGCAAAUACAGGUAGUGUAUGGUCAGGGUUGACAGUGAAUCCUAAUGUUUCGUUCAUGUCUCCUUCCAGUGGUAAUGUUGUUGCCAUUCAGUCUUCACAAUCCUUGAUUGUUCAAGCUCAAUCUGACUUACCUGUUCAGUCAACUAUAGCAACUUCUUCAUCUUUAAAUCCAAGUUUGAUGAUGUCUCUUCGAAGUUUUUCUGGAAGUUCAUCAAAUACAGGUCCAUCUUUACCCUUGAGUGCAGCUAAUCAUACAGUGCUGGCCUUCAACUUGGCAAAUUCAAAUGUUCAUAGUACUCCUACAACAUGUACAAGCGUUACAGGAAUGCUUACAAAUCCUGUCCGGCAAAUAAAUUCUUCCAGUCCUGCUUCUCCACUAAUUGUUCGUGCUAGUGGACCUUCAGCAGUUGGAUAUGUACCAAAUACUAGUACGGUUAUGGGUCCUACAUCGCUUUUAAAACCAUUCAACUUAAGCGGAAACACGGGAUUAUCUGCUACCUCGUCCAGCACAUCUGUGGUACCGCAUAUUUUACCGGUCAAUAUUGCUCCAGCCAAAUUAACUCCUUUACAACCAUCGAUAUCUGCUUCAACUUCUUCAAUAUCUCAUACCCGUUCAAAUUUUUCUCAGAAUAACUCUGUUUGCAUUAGUUCUCAUCGCCUCCCGACUUCAUCUAUUUUUUCUCAGCCCAGUCGAAAGAGAGCACGUAAGCAGCAACUCGCUUCAUCUUUCUCAUCUGUAAUGAUUACUCCAGUUUCGGUUGUCUCGUCGACUACAUCAACUGCUGUCAGUAUGAGUAGUCUAGUAAGUCCUUCCAGUUUAAAUUCUGUAGUAUCUGGAUGUCGCAGCGUUUUACCAUCAACACCUACCCUGGUUGCCAUGGCUAAACCAACUAUCCAACCACAUCAGUUUGCACAACCUGUGUACAGUUGUCAAGUGACACAUUCACCACAGAUCUCAGGAAGUUCUACUAAAUCAGGUCCUGUAUCAGUGGAUUCUGUUUAUCGGAAUACAUCAGCAACCAUUUCCGUCAGCUGUGCAACUAACGUCAGUCCAUCCAACAGCGGACUUAUGGGUAUACGUUUAGUGUCGGUACGUUCUACCCCAACUACUUCUGUUCCCAAUAACAGUUCUAUUUUACUAAAUACUACCUGUUUUCAGUCAUCUACUGGGAGUCUUGGGACCCGUGGGAGUACAGGUGAUAAUUCAGUGAUUAUGGUCACAUCUCCAUCACAGAUCGUAUCUUCUGGUGGACACCUUCGUAUAACCAAUUCACAUUGCUCACAGUCUUCGGAUAUUCAUCAAACACAGGCCGCUGCGGUGUAUGUUUUAACCACCUCUGUUUAUCCGAUUCUAAGCACUACUACUGUUACUUCGUCGAACUCUAGUUCAGGAAGUGAGUCAACAUGUUCUGCUUCCAGUAUCAUCAGUCCAGUUGUAGUUUCUGGAUCAACAAACGGUGUUCUUCAGGUACGAUUUAGAUCUCCACAACCAAAUAUUAGUCCUACUGUCAUGGCUGAAAACCAAGAAUCUAAAAGUUUGCAAGUUGUUAAUCAUAAUAUUCUUUCAACUAGCCUACAUUCAAUAUCCGAUGUUUCUAAGUCAGUUUCCGAAGAUUCAAAGUUUAUUAAUCCGACUAGUAAACCACUCCGAUGUGCUUCUGAAUCGAAUCCUCUUUUACAUCAUCUAGUUUCAUCCUUGAAACAAUCUCAAAAUGAAUCAACGGCUGAUGUUAGCCAUAUGAAUAAUACAGAUCUGAAGAAGUCUGAUUCAAUUUCAACCCAUUCUGAGUUAUCUCUUUCAAAUUCAUGGUCACAUAAUAACAUAGAUGAUUCAAAACAGAUUAAUGUUGGGAGCUACUUGAAUUCAAAUGAAAAACACACUUGCUUUUAUCCUACUACCAGCAGAGAUAAUUCUGACCUUAACAAUGACUUCACUGAUUGUGAUAGUAAAAUUUUAAACGAAAAACAGUUGACCGUACCUAUUCACAAUAUACCACGUAAGAAAAUUAAAGGUGAACAGGAACCAAAUGAAUGUCAAAAGGCUGAUGAGAUUACCAUUAAAAGUGAUCUUCACAAUAGCAAUAAACUAUCAAAAGCUGGUAUAUUAUGGACUGUAGACUCUGUUGAUGGUCGUGAAUGGAUACUUAAUGGAAGACCUCCAAGGCCUUUAAUCAAUCCAAAGUGCGGAUUGUCAAAUAGUAGGUUGAGUGUUCCUUGUCGUUCUAAGAGCUCUCACUUUCUCAGUCUUUCUGAAAUAUGCACAAGACCACAACACAAGUCUGCCAAUCCUGAUGAUUCUUCACGACGUGGUGUGCAGAAUACUCGCCGCAGACGUCGUUCUUUGGUUACUGGCACGAAUAUGUCACACUCCGAAUCUGACAUUCAGAGUAAAGGAGAGAGAGAUAUGAAUAGUUUGAAUUCUAAUUCUGAGUCAAAUGAAGCGAAACGUUUAGUGCAAGAUAUUUUAGCGGUACGCGCUGAGCAAGAAGAUUCUGGUUUUGUUAGAUUUCCUUUGACCACUACAUCAGUGCUGGAUAUUACAGGUUGGCGUGUUCUUCGUUGUGCUGACAAUUUGGAUUUAUUGGCAUACACAGAGUUGCAAACACUAGAAACCAUAAAGAAUAUGGAGACCGAUUUAACUGACCAGCUACAUUGCAUUUCUACUCAGAGUGUUACAUCAUCACUUCUUAGUGUAUCUCAAGGUGUUAGUGAAACAGCAAAAUCUAUAGAGUCUGGAUUAAAAUCAGAUGAAUCCGAGAUGGCUAGUCAGUUUAAUGUAGCUAUUGAAUUGAUCAAAGGGAUUUCUCAGCGUAAAAAAUACCUAUUGGACUCUAUUCAGAGGAUAAGUUCGGUCACCAAAAAUUUAGUACAUCAUUUCAGUCCUGGAAUUCAUAAUCUAAUUGAAGAGCUAGAAGAUAGUCCCAACAGCUCUAGUAAAUCAUUGUCUCCAUCAUCAUCGAAAACCAAUUUGGAUUCCAACACUUUAUCUACUCCAAUUACCUUACGAAGAUCCUCACGAAGGUAUCCGACCCAUAAUCCCAUAGUCCGACAAGUUCGACGUCGAAAUAACGUUGCAAUCACUAGAGGCUCGAAAUCACUAACUUCCCUAAUUAAAAAUUCACCAAACAGCUGUCCAGGAACGAGUUCUCAAGGAAAUAUAUGUAAUGGUGGAACCAGUAACUAUUCCGUAAUUCGGUAGUUAUGAAUUUCCAGAUAUAUAUUUCAAACACCAAUAUCCAAUGAUAAAUAAAGUUGUACAGUGUUGUGUACGUACGUUAUGCACUACCAUGCAGCAUUUUAUAUUUUAUAUAUAUAUAUAAAUAACAUUACAAUGAGAAUUUUCAACGUGUCAUAUAAAUGUUUAUAUAUAAAUUACUAUUAUUCUUUUCUCAUUACUGAAGUUUAGUGUUUUUGUGUAUAAAUAAUAUUCUAUUUGUUAAUUUUUCUUAAGGAUUUUCUUUCUAUUCACUAUUGUAUUGUAUAAGUUGAUUGAAUGUUAUUUUUCUAUCUACUUAUAUAACUAAUCACUAUCUACUCAUAUUUCUUCUUACAUCUAAUUUUUCAUCACUUUUAUGUAUGUGUGUGCAUAUACAAAGUUCAUAUUCUUCUAUUAUAUUCGAUAAUGUUAAUGAAAUUAAUAGAAACAAUAAUUGAAUUUGUUUGUAUCUAUGUAUGGUAGUUUGCAUUCGUUAGUACUGUCUACAUUCUCUUCUAUGUAUAUAUAAAUAUAUUUAUGUACAACAAAUAGUAUUAUUUCAUUGAUGCGUUUAUUUCUAUUGUUCAUAUAACUAUGUAUGUGUAUAUACUAUUAUUAUGAUAGUGAUAAUGAUAAUUAUUAUAACUAUCACCUUUAAUCUAACACUGUAAUCUGUUUUGUGUUUAAUAGAUAAAUUAUUUACUAUAUCAUGUGUAGUUUUUGAUUUCUCGUUUAUAUUGUUAUUGUUAUUAUUUUUAUCCUACAUAAGUUUUUUGUGGCCUAUCUCUCUCUCUCUCUCUCUAUUAUACUAUUUGUACGUGCAUGCAUAUCAUUUACUAAGAUGACCUUGUCGAUCAUCCAAUUAUAUUCUAAGAUGAUCAAAUAUCUCUGUUAGGUUCAUGAUUGAUUUCGAUAAUAGUAAUAAAAAAGAAAAUUCAAUUACUAUAGUAAUAAUAUUCCAGUAAAUAUGUGUAUGUCUCUCUUCAUACGAUUCAAUGAAAUAAUUAGUGAUUGUUCAAUUGUUAAAUAACGAACAGAAGUAAAAUUAUAUUAUAUGACUUGUGAUUGGAUGUUUGAUUAUCUAGUCGAAAAUUCAUUAUACAAUAUUAUUGUGAAAUAAAUCAUUUCACCAAUGAUUCUAUCUAGUUAGUAUUGAGUUAUUAGCAUUUAUAAACCGUUUAUCAUACCAACAGUACCGUUAUCAUAGAGUAAUACUAUUAUUUAUAUAUAUAUGAUUAAGAAGUUGAGUUGUAUAGAUUUCAUUUAAUUUAUCACUUGAUAACAGUUAUACGUCAAUAUUAGUACAUUCAAGAAAACUUUUCAAAUUGCUUAUUGCAGUAUUUCAAGCACUUGUAAGUUUUCACGUUAAUUAUGACAUAGGAUGUAUAUUCGUUCAGUCCUAAUCACUUCAGUAAUCUUUCAUAUGAUGUAACUCACUAACCAUUUACAGAAUUAUGAACUUGUCUUUGAUUUAUUCAGCUGAAUAGUAACAUUAACAUUCUUAAAGCAAUGACUUGAAGUUUACUAGAAGGAAAUUUGUAUUUAUUUGAGUACAAUUUCAAUGUACUAUUUUAUUCACAUAUAGAUGAACAACUCACAUGUGUUAGC